CUCAAAAAAUAAAAUAAAAGGAACGCCACAGUUUUUUUAGGAAUCUGAUUUUCUGUCGAAGGAAUGUAAUCAUGAAAUCAGUACAUUUCUUGUAAAUAUACUGAGGCAAUGUUCAGGGUUUUGUGGGGGCUGUGACAAGGGUGUUCCUGCUUCCUUCCUCAUUGUGCUUAAGGAAACCGUUCCAGUCACAAUAUCAUUAAUCUUCCUUGCUGCCUUGCAUUGUAUGUGUUUGUGUGUGAGAGAGACCCAUGGAAGCUCAAGCCAUUUUCUCAGCCAAAUUUCUGAAACCAGUGCCCACCGAUUGCAGUGAAGUCAGUUGCUCUACAAGCUUCAUCAACUCACCCCUUUGCUUUUAAAAUUGGAUUUCUGCACCGUGGCAGAGGCAGUUAUGCACCUCGGCACUCAGAUCAACCAUAAUUGCAUAUAGUUCUCGUAAUAAGACUUGCUGGAUCAGUCCAAAGGCCCAAUUAGUCCAGCAUCCUGUUCUCCCAGUGGGAAGCAAUGUCUAUGGGAAGCCUGCAAGCUGGACUUGAAUGCUGGUACACAGCACUGGUAUCAGAAGUAUAAUUUGGCCUUUGGUGGAUUAAUUUAUGGUAUCCAAGUGGAGGUGACUUGUGCAGGGUUCCAUAUGAGAAAAGAUAUACCUGUUCAGCAGAUGGGUCACCUCGGGAGUCAAAUGUAUACCUCAGAUUUCUAUUCUGGAUAGUCAAUAGAAACUUACAGCUUCCGCUCCCUUCGGAGACUCCUCGCGUACAGCAGCAGGGAGAGCGAGCAAGCCAGCGAGGGCUUCGAUCAGCACCAGACCAGGAAGUGGGGAAGGAAGCACCACGGGGGAACCUGGAUCGAGGGAUCGAGGGGGUUGCCUGGUCGCAAGGGCCCACGUUCCCCUGGAGCUUCUCCCUCCCCUUCCCCAAUGGCUUCUCCCGGGGACCCUCCUCUGCCCGAAGCAGAUCAGGCAAUGAAAGAGCCAGUAGAAGAUACAGACCCUAGCACUUUAUCCUCAGAAGAAACAAACAAGUACCCUGUCCAAGAUACAGCACUACCAAAAGACGAUGAAUACCAAACAGAAAAAGUGACACUGGAAAUAGCAUCUGUUAACAUUAGGAGCCUGACAUCUGAUUCGGGUCUCAUACAACAGCCAGAAGAAGAUGAUGACAGCCAAAGUAGUACUGGUGAAUCACCUACAGCUCUGAAGAAGUCAUGUACAGAAAAUGGCACCUGCUCCUUAUGUUUGUCUCGCCAGCCAACCAUCAGUGACCUGCUCAAUGAUGAGGACUUGCUGUAUAUGAUGAGGAUAAAGUUGGAUCCCGCCCACCCUACAGUGAAAAACUGGAGAAACUUUGCAAGCAAAUGGGGAAUGACCUACGAUGAAUUGUGUUUCCUGGAACAGAAACCGCAGAGCCCCACCUUGGAGUUUUUGCUACGGAAUAGUGACAGAACUGUGGAGCAGCUGAUUGAUCUCUGUAAAUUAUAUCAAAGAGUUGAUAUUGAGAAAAUGCUGCUGAAGUGGGUGGAAAAAGAAUGGCCAAAGAGACGGCAUGGAACCUAUCAGAACAACUACUAAAUGAAAGAAAAUGUCCAGUCCACAUUACUUCUAUGGUGGAAAAUUGAGAGAGUAACAUAACUCUGUUCAGUUUGCUAAGUGUGCAUGUGUAGCUUUCCUUUGUUAGUGAAAGGAACCACAUUCAUUUUUGCAACAUAAAAUGUUUACUGUAUCUGUGUACCUAGCCUUUGCAACAACACGGGUGAUCUUUAAAUAUGCACCAGUUCAAUGCAGCAAAAGAAGAAUGACAACCACAAUACACUAUUUGGGCUGACUGCACAGUUACUUCCUUCAAACAAACUGAACUAUAAUUAAUUCCCAUUUUCACGGAGAGAAUAAUGAAAGUGAAGAAGGCAAAGGGUCUGGACUCCUCUUUAAAGGGCCCAUACCUGUACUGCUGGGGCCUGUUCCACCCCACCAUAGUUGCCUCAGCCAUAGAGAGAAGAAAGCAGACCAUACCAGCACUGGAAUAUCCUCAUUUAUUUAACCUAGCCCGCUAAUUCCUGUGGGGAUAUAUUUUUGUACUUCUAAAGAUAUAUGUGAACUGUACAGAAGUAAGGCAUGUGCUUCUGAAGAAAGCAGUCUAGGGGCACCCAAGGUUGGCUUCAUUGGGCCCUGACAACCUCCAGAGCCUCCUCAUCCUGCCGCUACCCAUCUAGCAGCCCUGAGUGAGCUGGCAGUGAAAGGAGCAAGGAGGAAAUGGACCAGCACUCUCUAAUCACCUCACCCUCUCCUUAGGGUGUGGGUUAAGCCCACAGGACAGGACAAAUGAAUGGGCAAUGUCAACAGUAAUAAGAAGGACAUGGGACUACUUGAAGGGGGGUUCCUGAAGGCAUCUAGCGGAAGGUCUCCCAAAACCUGGAGCUGACAGUGGGAGUAUGUAGUCCUCUUUGCCUUAUGUUUGUGUCAAUACAGAUUGAGUUUUACUGCUACAAUUAAAGGUCCUGGACCAUGAGUGGGUGACACAGAAAAUUGUGGCAGCUUCCCUUUGCUGUUGCUUCUGAAAGCUAUGAUCAGCAAUUGCAUUCCCUUGACUUAAGGUUGGUUUCUCUUCCCCGCCCCCAUCUGUAUUCUUGAGUAUUAGAUGUCAUCCAGAUCUUUCAAGUUCUAACCUGCAUAACGAAAAUAAACUCUGAACAUUUUAUGUUUGGAACAGCUUUGUAUUUGGAAUCGUGUGCUGUUUAGAUACUCUGCUUUAAUAAAUUAAUUUUGGGCAAGUAUUAUAAACAACAUAGUCAUUAUAUAAAUUUGUGUUUAAAUAAAGCAACACCUUUAGGGCGUGCAAUCCUGUAUUGCAAGUAAAAUAAAUUGCAUACAGUAUUUAGUUCACAGAGAAUUGUCAAGAGCCAGUAGCUCUAGUUUGUUUCAGAUUAUUCAAGUUCACUGUAGUGCCUCUGUAGUUUUAGAUCUUUUAGCUUCUUUGAAUUAAAGUGGUUAAAUCUCAAA